GCCACCAUUUCUUUCUCUUCCUCAUAACGUUAACAUUAACAAUGAAAAUAAAGAAGAAAAAAAUGCAUAAAUUUGGAUAUUAAAUCUUUAAACUAACUCUUUUUGCAUAUUCAAUUUCCCUGUAGAAAGCUGGAUUCCUCAAGGAAAUUUAAGCAAUGGACCGCCGUUGGCCUUGGAAGAAAAAAUCAUCUGAUAAAGCCGCCGCCACUGCAACCACUUUAUCACCAGCUGCAUCUCAAGGCGAUGAGGGUACCUUAAAAGAAGCAAAGUAUGUUCAAAUUUCAGUAGAAUCAUAUUCGUCUCUUACUGGCCUGGAGAAUCAAGUGAUAACAUACGAUGAACAAGUUCGGGCGUUGGAGAAUGAGAUAAAUGAUUUGAAGGAAAAGCUUUCUGCUGCCAAUUCAGAGAUUACUGCCAAGGAAGACCUGGUGAAACAGCACACCAAAGUUGCAGGAGAAGCUGUCUCGGGUUGGGAAAAGGCUGAAGCAGAGGCCUUGGCAUUGAAAAACAGUCUGGAAUCUGUUACCCUUUCGAAGCUCACUGCUGAAGAUAAGGCAUCACAUUUGGAUGAUGCUCUUAAAGAGUGCAUGUGGCAAAUCCGGAUUCUGAAGGAAGAACACGAACAGAAGUUGCAAGAUGUGGUAAUUAGCAAAAACAAGCAGUGCGAGAAGAUUAAGCUUGAGCUUGAAGCUAAAUUAGCUCAUUUAGACCAAGAACUCCUCGAGUCUGAAGCUGACAAUGAUGCAAUUUCACGGUCUUUGCAAGAACGUUCUAACACGGUGAUCAAGAUUAGUGAGGAAAAAUCACGAGCUGAGGCUGAGAUUGAGCGUUUGAAGGGUAACAUUGAAUCGUGUGAAAGGGAAAUAAAUUCGCUCAAGUAUGAGAUUCAUGUGCUUUCCAAAGAGCUAGAAAUUCGAAAUGAAGAAAAGAAUAUGAGCAUGAGUUCUGCAGAAGCAGCUAACAAGCAGCAUAUGGAGGGUGUAAAAAAGAUUGCAAAGCUAGAAGCAGAGUGCCAAAGACUGCGUGGUCUUGUGCGGAAAAAGUUGCCAGGCCCUGCUGCACUUGCCCAAAUGAAGCUAGAAGUUGGGAGUAUUGGACGGGAUUACGGGGAUACUCGAUUCAAGAGGUCUCCUUCCGGGGCUUCUACUCCACACCUGUCCACUGUGACAGAUUUUUCCAUUGACAAUGCACAAAAAUCCCAUAAAGAGCAUCAGUUUUUGGCGGAUCGUUUAUUGGCAAUGGAGGAAGAAACAAAGAUGCUAAAAGAAGCUUUGGCAAUACGUAACAGUGAACUACUGGCUUCUAGGAAUCUGUGCGCCAAGACAUCUAGGAAGCCCCAAACUUUAGAAGCACAACUUGACAUGAGCAACCAACAAAGAAGUCCCUCAAAAGCAUUUGUCCAGAUCCCUACAGAAGUUUACUUGAGCCAGACCGCUAGCAAUCCACCGAGUAUGACUUCUUUGUCUGAAGAUGGAAAUGAUGAUGACAGAAGUUGUUCUGAGACAUCGGCUAUAGCUUUGAUAUCUGGACUCUCUCAAUUCAAGAAAGAAAAUGGCACCGUAAAGUCGAACAAAACUGAGAAUGCGAUGCACCUGGACAUUAUGCACGAUUUUCUUGAGAUGGAGAAGUUGGCCUGUUCUUUAAAAGAUUCAAGUGCAAAUGGUAAGACAACUUCUGAAACUGUUAAGAGGAAUACUUCAGGAGAGAUUUCUUGCAAGGAACUCCAUUCUGAAAAGCAGCAUGAUCUAUCACCACCAGCAAAUCACAUUUCAGAUACAGAUAAUUUGUCCGUCACAAAGCUUCGAGCGAGGCUCUUGACGGUGCUUCAAUCAACUUCUAGAGAUGUUGGUAUGCGUAAAAUUCUGGAGGACAUCAAACAUGUUGUGCAGGAUGCAAGCGAAAUCCUGAAUCAGCAUUCGAUCAAUGGUGUCUCUGAGGAAGUGCAUGCCUAUGUUGGCACAUGCAAUGGACAGACCUAUUCUGGAGGUGGUAGCUUAACUGAAGAGAAAAAAAAUCCCAUGUCCCCAGGUGACAGGGUGACUUCUGAAACUGUGCGUCAAGAAUUAGCUACUGCACUUUCUCAUAUUCAUGAUUAUGUACGGUCCUUGGAAAAGGAAGCAAGGGCAGUUGGUGACAUCUCUUCUGACGGAAAGGGAUUAAGCUACAGAAUUGAUGAGUUCUUGGUCACCUACGAUAAAGUCUUGUGCAGCAAUGUGAAAUUGGAUGAUUUUGUUUUUGAUCUUUCUGCUGUUUUAGGCAAAGCCAGUGAACUAAGAUUCAAUGUGCUUGGCUUCAAGGGUAAUGAAGUGCAAAUCAGUAGUCCUGAUUGCAUAGAUAAGGUUGCUUUAACGGAGAAUAAGGUAACACAAAACGAUUCAUUAGGCAGAAGCUAUCAAAAUGGCAGUGCCCACUUUUUAAAUCCAACUUCCAAUACUGAGGUUCAUGAUGAUGGAAACAUGGUCUCAGAAUAUCAACCAAAACAAACAAACGAAUUCUCUUUGGAAGAGUUCAGGGAAUUGAAGUCCCAAUUACAUGAAACCGAGCAGCUUCUAGCAGAAACUAAAUCUCAAUUGGUUUGUGCUCAAAGGUCAAACAGCUUGGCUGAGACACAACUCAAGUGCAUGACAGAGUCUUAUAGAGCACUAGAAACACGUGCAAAUGAGUUAGAGACCGAGGUGAACCUUCUCCAGGUAAAAAUAGAAGCUCUGGAAAGCGAGCUUCAAGAUGAAAAGAGAUGCCAUCAUGAUGCUUUUGCCAGAUGUAAGGAGCUAGAAGAGCAAUUGCAAAGGAAUGACAAAUGUUUUGUAUGUUCUUCAGCAGAUAAUGACCUCAAGAGCAAGCAGGAGAAAGAACUAGCAGAGAAACUAGCUGAAUGUCAAGAAAACAUACUCCUUCUCGGCAAACAACUGAAAGCUUUCCAUCCUCAGACGGAUAUAAUGGGAUCACCAUACAAUGAGAGGAGCGGCAACUAUGAUCCCGACACCAGCUGCAUCUACUUGCAGGAUUUAUAUCAGACAAAGAUAGACAGUGUAGCUGUUGCUUGGGGCACUGGAAGCGGAACUGGUGCAGAGUCCCCCAUGGAGUCAUUUAACAUACCAUGCAGCCCAUCUGAUACUGAAGCAACCCCUUUGAGAUCACCCAUCAAUUCAAACCCCAGGUCUACAAUGUCGAGCUCUUCAUCUUCGUCUUCUACCCCAAUUCCGGAGAAACAUUCAAGAGGCUUUAGCAGAUUCUUUUCCUCCAAAGGGAAGAAUGAUCAUUAAGCCUGCGAAUUAUUGGUAAUAAAGUUGAUUGAGGUAGCCUCUUAAUAAAUGUUUGAAGAACUGAAAUCGUUUCUUAGGUUCACGUCAAAGUAACAUUAUAACCAAUGACUGUAUAUGGUAUCCAUGUCUGUUAUUAUUAGUGUUUUUCAUUUACUCGCUUCAAUUUCUGUAUGUAGUUUUGUCCUUUGGAUGUGCCAUGUCUAUAGUUCUAAGGUUUUUAUCAAACGAUUAUAUUUAAAUA